GACGCAGCAUGUGCUGGAAGUGUCAAAUGUGAGCUUUCUGAUUAGUUGGCGAAAAAAAGGGGGUGUGAUUGUCUCACAACCUUGAUGCUAGCUGGCUGCAGCUAUGCCACAUUUUGCUGCGGAUGGACUAUGGAGGGGGGGAAACUCUCUGCAGUCUGAGACCACCAUGGACGUCUGCAGUGAACCGUUGUGCUACGAGCUGCUGGCAGAAGUAGGAAAAGGCUCGUACGGCAAAGUGUACAAGGCCAGAGAGGCGGGCGGGAAACGGCGCCUCCUGGCGGUGAAGAAAUUCAACGUCCACGUCGACACGUCAGAGAGCGGGAUCCCCGCCGCCAUGAUCCGCGAGGUGGCGCUGCUGCGGAGGAUGAUGUUCUUCAACCACCCCAACGUCAUCAAGCUGUUGGACGCGUCUGCAGUACCGGACGGCCGGAGCUUGGACCUCACUCUGGUGCUGGAAUACAUCGACCAGGACUUGUCCACCUACCUGUCCAAGGUUACUGCUCCUGGACUGAGUCGUGACUGUAUUAAGGAUGUGAUGCAGCAGCUGCUGCGAGGACUGGACUUCCUGCACACGAACAUGGUGCUGCACCGUGACCUAAAACCAGAGAACAUCCUGGUCAGCAGCCGUGGAGAAGUCAAGAUCGCAGACUUUGGACUGGGUCGCAUCUACACCUUCAACAUCGCUCUGACUCCUGGUGUGGUGACGCUGUGGUACAGAGCUCCUGAGGUGCUGCUCAACUCUGUUUACAUGUCCUCAGUGGACAUGUGGAGCGCCGGCUGCAUCUUCGCCGAGCUCUUCCUCUUGAGACCGCUGUUCCGAGGAUACACAGAGGUGCAGCAGCUGCAGAAAAUCUUUGAGGGGAUCGGUUUGCCCAGUGAGGAGGACUGGCCUGAGGACAGCCCCAUCUCAUACUCACUCAGCUGGGGAACAAAAGGCUCCUGCAAAAAGCUGCUGCUCAACCUCGGCCCAGACGAGAACGACCUCCUCUCUCAAUGUCUGGCAUUCAGACCGAGCAGUCGCAUCUCAGCCGCCAAAGCCCUGGUUCAUCCUUUCUUCAUGAAGCACUGAAGAUUUCAACCGAACGACGAGUGCAAGAGGAAACGCCGUUCUCGACUCUUCUCUCUGCCCUUCUAACUCGUCUUAAAUCCACCGUACACCCCGUAUCAUGAGAAGCAGUGGUCAGGUUAAACAUCAGUAAAUACGUUAAUAAACACGUUCUACAUGACUUGUACAACGUGGCUCAAAAUCCCUCACACAGUGACAUAUUUGGUGAUAAAUUUCCAAAAUCUGACAAAUGGAUGAGUUAAAUUUGACAAUUUGAGUACAAGCAUGUUGUUAAUAGUACCAAAUGUUGUACCUCUCUGUUGUUGUUGCACCUUCAAGUUGAUGAGUCGGUUUACAUUUUUUCAACCAAGCUUUUCUUUUUGUGUGUUCUAAACUUUUGUACACUGGAGGAUCUCUUUUAUUUUUGUUAAGUCUGCGAAGAUAUUUAUGUUGUGAUCACUGGAGCAGACGGUUGUUCGUAUUGACAGAUUGUACAAGAUAUUUCACUGUUCAUUCAAGAAGCAUUUCUAUAAAUAACUGUCCGUCUGUGUCA